GUCCACAUCACUGUUAGAGUCAUGUAGAAUGCGUCGUUACUCACGGACACGUGUUCCGAGAACAAUAUCUUUCCGAAAGUAAAUGACAGUAACCGUUAUUUUGACUUAUAACUGGGCGAUGAAAUCAUAUAACUCCACUAUCAACAGAAUGUGCCAUUGUUCGAGUAACAAUGAGCAAUGCCGUGACUCAAAAUAUUCCUAAAGUGUAUAAAUAAGGAGAGCUUCGAUAACGCGUAAUUAGUAGAUUGGUUUUACAGCGACCAACAUUGCUUUUCCGUCAAAAUGCGGAUAGCCUUCAUCUUCGGCUUAGCCUUCCUGGCAGUAUGUGCAAAACCGCCUGGAGAUGAAGGCGUAACUCCACCAGCUGCAGACGGACCAGGACCAUCACCACCUGCAGACAAACCAGAACCACCCCCAGCUACAGAUGGACCAGAGGCAGCAGCUUCACCAGCUGCAGUUGAGAGCACAUCUACAAAACCUCCAGACAAACCAGAAGCUUCACCAGCUGUCGAUGAGGAAGCAUCUCCUCCAUCUGCAGAUGAGGGAGCAUCUCCAGCAGCUACCAAUGGCGGAGCAUCGUCACCAUCUGCAGAUCAGGGAACAUCUUCACCUCCACCUGCUGCAGAUGAAAUAAGUUAUGAUGAGGAAGUAUCUCUACCAACAGAAGUACCAGCCUCGGAUAGGCUCGCACCUCCACCAGCUACAGAUCAACCAGGAUCUACGUUAGCUGCGGAUGGGGGAGCAUCUUCAGUAACUGUAGACGAGGCAACAUCUUCACCAGCUGCAGAUGGGGCAGCAUCUUCGCCAGCUGCAGAUGGGGCAGCAUCUUCACCAACUGUAGAUGAGGCAGCAUCUUCACCAGCUGCAGAUGAGGCAAAACCUGCACCUGCUUCAAAUAAGGGAGCAUCUUUAACGGCUGCUGAUAAAUCAGAACCAGCAGCUAAUGAAAAAGGAUCCAUCCGAAGAAAGCGAGAAGAGAAAUCUGCACGGAAAAGUAGAACACACACUGCUGGAAUGACCACUGACGAAUUAAAACACUGGAAGGUCACGCUGAACCACGUGACACACGGCUGUAGAAGGGAAGUGGCUCAAGCAUUCGUCGCCGCCGGGAUUCCCUUCCCUGGGAUGUCCAGACCGCACGUCUUCAAAGCCAGUGGCGUCUGUAACGACGAAAUGUUCGAAGCCUUCAGGAAGUACUUCGACUACGGAAGGAAGGAGGAUCCAGACGAUGAUACCAAUACAGUCGAGAUGGAUAACCCGGAUCUAACGUUCUUCAUAGAGCUAUAUGGAGAGGUCGGAGGAGUCGCCAGGAAUAUUAAGAACGACAAAAAGGGUGAUCUGUCGGACCAUGAGUGGAAAGAAAGUGUAUACAACAUCUUAUGGAAGGUAGUAAGACGAGUACCGCAAGAAUGUCGUCAAGAAGCAGCUCUGUUUUUUGAUGUGGCUAUUGGUGAGUCUCUGGAUAUUGGAUUCGUCGAUGAAAAGAAAAACUUCAAGGUAUCGGAACAAUGCUCUAAACAUACUUACGAUGCUCUUCAUAAGUUCUUCGAGGAACUGCGGCUACUCGAAGAUUCAUUCAGAAGCAGAGAAGAACCGGUUGCAGAGUCCGAACUGUUGAAACUAGUCAGCGAGUGGAAAGAUCCUAGGGUGGCGUCUACACUGGCAGGCGGUGCAGAAGUCGUAACUUUCAGUACAAGACGUCCAUACACACACCACCACGCCCACUCCACCCGCCGUCCCCGUCGCAAACAUACAAAAAUACCGCUCAUCUCAAAUACACACUUCGACAUAAAUAGGCUGGUAACUGAAGAACCCAUCAUAGUAACUCCUCUUAACUUGGGCUAUAUUGACUCAAUUUAUGGGAAAAGACCUGGAGGACAGACAAAACCUUGGGAGAAGGAACCAGGGGGGGUAGACGAGGGAGUUUCUAGCACUACUCUAGCCCUACCAGCAGAAGCACCCUUACAAGGUAACCAGACUCCCGUCCCCCCGAGUACCGUACAAGAAAAAGAGCCUGCUGCCCCGUCGGCAGAAAAAGAGGAUAAGAAUCGUCAAUUUGAAUGGCCAGAUCUGAAUAAUGGUGGAGCAGGAGAUGAUAUCCUCUGGCCUCAUGUACAUAUAGGAUAACUUGUUUGUGGUGGUGCUUUCCAGGUAUGAGAUGUGUAUGGACAAACAGUAAAUGUACCGCAAGCAAAUUACGUCAACUGCCUCAAAUGGUUGCUAACAUUGAAAAGACUAUACAUAAAAACAAAUUGAAAAUAUUGUGGUUGAAAACACUAAAAUGCAACAUUUUCAUUUUUCCAGCUUUUCUAAAGAUAGUGGUUAAAUAUGGAUUAAACGCGUUUUUUGCUCUUGUAUUUCGAAAGUAAACUAAUAUUUUUUUAAAUGCAGACGAACAAUUAGUGUUAAAUUUAAAUCCAGUUGUUUUUGGAUUAGAUUCAGAAAAUUAUAAUAAGAGAAAUUUUUUCUUGACUUUUACCUUCAUCUCUAAGGUUAUUUCAAAGCCGACUUUUUUACGGAAAUCUCUAUUUUUGACGCCGGCAAUCAAAAGAGCCGGAAAUUUCACGUUCAAAUAUGUAUGGAAGUCCAAGGUCAGGGUGUCAUCUAAAGGUGCUGCUAGGAAAAACUCAUCGAAAACAACUAUCAAGGUCAGAUCUUUAGUAAACUUUAAAAAGAUGAUCUUGGAUUUGAUCUUAGUCUUCACCUACAGGGUCAUUUCAAGGUCAACUUCAUUUUUUUAUGGAGAUCCCUGUUUUUGAUGCUGGCAAUCGGAUGUGCGGGACAUGUUACAUUCGAAUGUGUAUUAAAGUUCAAGAUCAGUAUGAAUGCUGGAGGUCAAAUAGGUUAAACAAAGGUCAAAUAUGUGCUGCUAGGAAAACCUCUAAAAAUGUGGCAAAGAUCGUGACGCAAAUAACUCGUAAGGUUAGAUCUUUGGUGAAGCGUCUAUUUUGGAUUUGAUCUUGAACCUCACUUUCGAGGUAAUUUCAAGGUCAACUCCUGUUCCAAAUAAAAACUCCUAUUUGAUGCUGACAAUCCAGAGAGAUGGAAAUUUUGAGUUCAAAUGUGUAUUACAAUUUCAUGUCAAGGUGACCACAAGAGGCUACUAAAAGGCCAAAUGUAUGCUGCUAGGAAAACUUCUAGAAAUCUCACACGAUUAGCGACGAAAAUAACUGGCAAAGCCAGAUCUUCGGGUAAGUUUUAGCGAGGAAACUAGGAUGCUCAUUAAAAAUGGUGCUCUUCCUGCAGGUUUCUAUUUGAAACAAAUUACCUUGACCUGACCUUGAAGGUGAAGUUGUGAUUUUUGGAUACGUUUCCACAGAAUUGUUUGAAAUUUGCCUUCUAAUCAAUAGGAAGUCUAUUUGGUUUAUGACUAUAUCAUCUGGAUUGACUGCCGGUGAUGAGCAUGAAUGCAGCCCUUUGAAAUAGAAAAAUGCUGGAUCAGUCUGUUACCCCAAAGAAUUCCUCACGUUAUUCUAUCUCUCAGAUAAACUCGCGUCUAGACUUUUUGAUGUUGAUAUGAGUCGGCUCUCUGAAACCUAUAACCAACUUAUUUUUUGCUCAGACAAGUGUUUUUAAUAAACGACCUUGGUUUGUUUCAGGAAUGGGAAGAAUAAGGUAU